UUUAUUAUGAGAGAGAGAAUACCAAAUGGGUAGUGCCAGUCUGUAAUACACUCUACUCUCCUUUAUUUAUUAGCAUAUGAUGAUAAUGACUACAAAUUAGGAUACAUACCCUUUUCCUUGUUUGAGACAUCUUCAAUCAUGAGUCUUUUUGGCCGUGGAAACAGAAACCACAAGACUUUUCGUCCUAAAAAGAGUGCUCCAUCAGGAACCAAGGGUGCACAACUUAAGAAACACAUUGAUGCUACUUUAGGUAGUGGGAAUUUGAGGGAAGCAGUACGCCUACCGCCUGGAGAAGAUCUUCAUGAGUGGCUCGCUGUAAAUACUGUUGACUUUUUCAACCAAGUGAAUAUAUUGUAUGGCACUCUCACAGAAUUCUGCACCCCGUCAAGCUGUCCGACAAUGUCUGCAGGGCCAAAGUACGAGUAUCGUUGGGCCGACGGAGUUAAUAUAAAGAAACCCAUAGAAGUUUCUGCUCCAAAAUAUGUGGAUUAUUUGAUGGGUUGGAUAGAAACUCAGCUAGAUGAUGAAUCAAUUUUUCCCCAAAAUUUGGGUGCGCCAUUUCCGUCUAACUUCCAGGAUGUUGUGAAGACAAUAUUUAAGCGAUUAUUUCGUGUAUAUGCUCAUAUCUAUCAUUCACAUUUCCAAAAGAUUAUCAAUCUAAAGGAAGAAGCUCAUAUGAAUACUUGCUUUAAGCACUUUGUUCUGUUCACAUGGGAGUUCCGCUUAAUUGACAAGGCAGAGCUUGCACCUCUCUAUGAGCUCGUUGAGUCUAUUCUGCAGAUUUAGUAUGAUUGUGUAAUUCAAUUCAUUUUCUACUAUUAUUUUUCUUUUCUUUCUUUCAUCAUUCAUUUGCGUCAGGAGAAGAUGGUUUCGAUGAUGGACGGGGAAAGCCCAAAAAGUGUCCGUCCCGUUGAGAAUUUACCCAUUUUUAUAACAACUUCCAUGGUUUUUGAUAGUGAAUUGUACCACCUUAUGCUAGCUUUCUCUAUAAUUGAAGAAAUUACUUUUACAAGUUUGCUUCCUGUGUAAAUGAAAUGCCAUAUUCAAAUGGUAUCCAUAUCCAAUAAAAAUGACCGAAAUGGUGAAA